AUCCUUGCACGCUCGCGUACGCGUUUAGUAGCUGGCCGAUAGUCUGGCCGGCAGUCCUCCGCAGAGUAGUCGUGUAUACCUCGCCGCAUCGCACGAGACAGUAGUUGUAGAAGUAGUAGUAGUAGUACUAUAGUCGAGCGUGUAUACAGUAGAGCGAGUAUAAUACAGUGCUGCUGGCGCCGCUGCUCGAGUCCGACGUUUUGUUCGGCCGUGCGCGACGACAACUAUAUAAUACGACCACUUGAAGCUGCUGUUGCUGUUGCCUGUUGUCGCGUACAUCCAGUACGACUGUGCGUGUGUCACCACCGCCGCUGUUCAGCCGCUGUCUCCGCCGCCGCGCCGCUACUCGCCGAGCUUCCCACUUACAUACUUCUCUCUGACCUUAAACGCGAGAGCGACUCUUCUUUUCGCUGUUCUGUGCUGUGCUACUAAGUCAGUUUGUUGCACCAUGCGCAUCAUGCGGCUCCCGUUGCCCGGUAAACGUUUAUUUUUAGCCUUGGUGAUUUAGUCUCUGGUCUCCCCGAAAAGCUCGUGCUCGCGCGACUCUCUAUCUGUACAUAUCGUCGUUGUUGUGAUGAUACGAGUGCGCAAAAUUAUCUAAUAAACGAAGCUGCAGUGGCUUGGCCUAUUGCUACUGCUCAUGCCGUUGUUAUUACUGAGCGAAGAAAGCAACUACCGUCACCACUUCCACGACUACUACUGCUGCUACUGCUGCUGCUGCUGCUGCUGCUGCCGUUAUACUUCUCUGACGGACGGGCAACAGGACUCAAAGAGAAGCUACGAGGGACAAGUCAUCUUGCGGGUGCUAUUCAGGUCGCGUCGAGCUUGAGCAGCUCGGCGGCGAAUGGGUGCGCGCACGAUGUUCGCGAAAUUCAAAAGCGGCGGUAGCGCGGCCAGCGCUCAACCGGUGGCGCCCAACGCCCUCGAGUCCAAUCCAAUCUGCAAUCACUUCAAAGUCGGCAAGCAGGUGGCCACCGCCGGCCCGGAGAACGUCUGGCGCAUACUCGAGGGCUGUCGCAAGAGCGACGGCAAGGAGGUGUCGAUAUUUUUAUUCGAGAAACGUUCGGUGGAGAAAAUACACAAGCCAAAGAGAAAAGAAGCUGUAGCGGAAGUUCUGCGCGCUGGAGUAAAACACUUGGAACGAUUUCGACAUCCAAAAAUUCUACAGGUGGUGCAUCCGGUGGAAGAAUGCCCCGAGACGUUGGCCUUCGCUUCGGAGCCGGUCCUGGCGAGUCUCGCGAACGUCCUCGCGGCGGAGGAGCAGAAGCAGGCGGCUCUGGCGGGCCAGCAGCAGCAGCAACACCAAGGGGCCACCUCGAACGGGGGCCUGCUCAACAAUCAUCACGGCCAUCAGUCGCACGGCCAUCAUCAUCAGCAGCAGCAGCAGCAGCAACAACAGCAGCAGCAGCAGCAUCAUCAGCCGCAUCAACAGCACCAUCAAACGAGCUCGCAGCAACAGCAGCAGCAGUACCAUCACCAUCACCAUCAUCACCAGCAGCAACCGAGCAGCAGGCCCGUCUUCGCCAAGGAGUACGACAUGCUCGACAUCGAGAUCAAAUACGGACUUUUGCAGUGCACCGAGGCGCUGUCGUUUCUACACUACAGCUGCCAGUUCAUGCAUAGAAACGUCUGUCCGGUCAGCAUUAUGAUCACCAAGAAGGGCACCUGGAAACUCUUUGGCUUUGAGUUCCUCGAAAAAGUGAACGAAAUCGACGCCAUGGAUCCGAUUCCACUUCCACAAUGGACCAAUCGAAUACCCAAAAUGACUCAACCAAAUUUAGAUUAUAUCGCGCCCGAAGUGCAACAGAAAAAAGUCGGUAGCAUACUAAGUGACAUGUACAGCCUCGGGAUGGUCAUUUGCACCGUCUUCAAUCACGGCCGGCCACUCAUCCAAGCGAAUCAUAAUGUCUCGGAUUACCAAAAACAACUUGAAACGCUGGACGAGCAAGUGCGACAGCUGUUACCGAGAGUGCCAGUCCCUCUGCACGAGGCCGUAUCGCGCCUCCUGCACAAGGAACCCAGACACCGACCAACGGCUCAACUGCUUUCUCUCAUUAAGUACUUCAGUGAUCCAUCUGUACACGCUCUACAAUUUCUCGAUGUUAUCAACAUGAAGGAUCCAGCACAAAAAGGGCACUUUUACAAAAAUACCCUCAAAGAAGUACUGCCCUACAUACCCAGGAAAUUGUGGUACCAGCACAUCUGGCCGUACCUGCAGCACGAGACCCUCUCGCAGGAGGUGUUCGCGGCGGUGCUCCAGCCGAUGCUCUACAUCAUACAGAACAGCAGCCUCGAGAAUUACCAGACGAUACUGCUGCCGAAAUUUCGCUCGAUUUUCACGAUGCCCCGCUCGACGCAGGGCACGGUCGUCCUCUUGGAGAAUCUCCACGUCAUUCUCGAGAAGACGACGCUGGAAGAUAUUCAUCGGGAGGUUCUGCCCAUUCUCUACAACUCGUUCGAGAGCACGAGUAUACAAAUUCAGUCGGCAGCGUUCGUGGCCGUGGCGAACGUGACGGAUUACCUGGACGACCAAGCAAUAAGGCGCACGGUGCUCCCCAAGCUGAAGCUCGCCUUCCAGCACGGCACGACGGACCAGCGCGUACUCAUGCACGCGCUCUCUUGCAUACUCGAUCGGCUGGAGAAGGAGCAGAUAACCGAAGAGGUCUUGCCCAUACUCUGGGAAGCCAAGCUCCAAGAGCCCGAGAUAAUCGUCAGGGUUGUGGGCAUAUACAGGUUAAUGCUGAGCGACAAAAAAUAUGGAUUGACGGUGAACGUAAUGGCGACGCGCGUCAUGCCAUCGCUCUUGCCGCAAACCGUGAACCGUGGCUUAACUCUAGAGCACUUUACCAGUCUGAUCGAAGUUUUGCAAGAGAUGCUCAAUUUCAUCGAGAGAAACCAUGGAAAUAAACUGAAACUCGACAACGUAUCGCUGCUGAGCCCUGAGAAGCGGACGCUGCGCCAUCAAUAUAGCACCGACAACAUGCACGUGCCAGCCUUUAAUAUACCAAAUUUACGUAUCGAACAAAGGAAAACCUCCUCAGCGGAAGACAUGGCAAGGAAAAACUCGAUUGGUUCAAUGUCAAUGACGGCGUCCGCUGAAAACAUGACAAGGAAGAGUUCCAUGACCGCCAAUGUGCGUACCCGUGCUGCAGGCAUGUUGGGCAGCUGGUUCUACGGCUCGACAUCGUCGGCGAACGCGGACAGCAACUUUUUGCGGGUCGCCAACACGUUCACGUCGCGGCGCCUGUCCGACAACACCCUCAUGACACCGAAGAUCCGGAUAGCGCCCUCGUGCGCGAGCUCGCCCGGUGGCACGCCCGGCGGGGGUCUGCCCAUUAGGCGGCACUCGAGCACCGGGCCCCAAGAGAGGCGAGGUUCCAAUAUCAAUCUCUCACCACCCACGGGCGGCAUGCCGAUAACGAGCAGCAGCGUGCCGUACCUGCUGACGUCGAGCAUGAGCAGUAUAAGGAACUCGAGGCGACCCUCGGUCUCGUCCACCUCCUCCCAGCAGGGGCUGCUCCAGCAAUUCGGAUCCGGCAUGGUAAGACAACUACCCCCCAUCUGCCUCAACUUGAAUGGACCACCACCAACACUCUCUCCAUCACUACUGCAGCCAUCGGGACAAAUCUCCCACUGACCCAUGGUUACAGUUACCAACUGUUCGCUGGACGGUCAUAAGCCGGUGGAGAUACAGUUGGAACACGAAAACUCGUCGAUCAUCCUCUGAAAGUAACGACGGUGAGCUCAGCAGCUCACCAUAUAGGUAUCAUAAAUAUAUAUGCAGAAUGUGGCCAGUUUAUAUUUUACCGGAAAGGUUGCGCAGGCAUCUGUGUGUCUGUGUGUGUACAUAUUUGUAUGUAUAACGUAAGGUAUAGCCCAUAUCUCGAAUUAAUGCUCGCAUGCACACACGUCGUCCGGUCGACAUCAAAAACGCUCCAGCUCCGAGUGAUAUACAUUUUACGCGUGUAAACAGACUAAAAUGUUCGCUAUUUCGUGGAGAUUUUCCAAGUGCAUGUGCGGAAGCUCGUGUACAUUCUAUGCUUCUGCUGGAGGGAAAAUAAGCUGACAAAUGGAUUUUACAUAUAUUGACGAGUGAGGGACUGUUUGCAUUUACGUGAACACAUUGGUUUUCGGUUCCGAUCGCGAACACGCGACACGCUGGUUUGAUUAAUUUAUAGCUGAUGAUUUUCAGUACGAUUACUUCUAGUUUGUUGAGAGUACGCGAGUAAUGUUUAUCAUAAAAAACAGGAAUAGUCGUGAACGAACGCGCUUCAAAGAACUGUUUUUAAAAUGCGCCAAUUUUCUUUUUCAUUUAUUUUAACAAAAAAAAGUCUUUUUUAAAAAUCACGUUUCAAGCGUGAUUGAUCGGACGAUAUAGAGUUUUAUUUUUUUGCACAUUUUUAAUCUAAUCGGCGCUAUGCGUGUCGGACCUUUUUUUAAAAAAAAACUUUUUACUACACAUCAGCAAAACAGAAUAAUUUGUACAUACGUAGGGCGAAUUGAUUUAAAAGGAGGUGAUAAAGUAAAAUAGAAAGAAAAACGAAAGCCUAAAUAAAAUUUAAAAAAAAACUGUAGUUUUUCGUAACUGUUGUAAAAAGUUACAACAAAUUUAAUCCAUAAACUGACAAUCUUAUACCCACAGAUCGAUCGACACCAAUGUGGGUCGCAUCAAAACGUUAACUAAAACGAAUCAAAUGAAAAAGAUAAUGGGUGUAAAAAUUUCACUGAACUAUAACUGUGCGUCUCAUUAGUCAAGCAGUACUGUACUUUUAAAUAUAAAUUUCUAUCUGUAACUUUAUCGUAAGAAAACUAAACUCUUUAGUAAGGAUUGUGAGAGAUGUCUCAUAUUAUUUUUGCUGGUCAAAAUAAUAUUGAAAAAAAUAUCGACGAUGAGAUUAGAAUAAUACAAUAAUGAUGAAACAAAAAAUAUAUACAUAUAUAAAUAGUACAUACAAACAGAACAAUCAAGAUCGAGAAGCUAUCAAGGAGUAUUCCUUCCGUCAAUUGCUAAAUUCAAGUCACUGCAUCAACAAUCAUUAAUUCUUAAAAGUAGAUUUUAUAAAUUACACAAAGCAGUGCAAGCGUGUCAAUAUAGAAAAAAUAUAUAUUUGCUGGUGAGCUAAUGUUGUAUAUUUAAUUAAGGGGCUUUACUUCAUACUUAUUAUUUUAAAUGAGAAAGUCAAUCUAAAUCUGAUUUCUCUAUAAGAUUCAAUGUGAAAUAAUGCCUAUUUAAAAUAUAUCCAACUCAAAAGAGUAUUCUACUCGUUUCGUAUCAAGUGCAUAUUUGAUAUAUCUGAAAACGAUUUAAACUGACAAACUUUUAAUGCAAGCUCAGCACCUGUAAACAAAAUGAAAAGUCUUCAUUCUAAUAUAAAUUUAUUUCUUGAAUAGACAAUCAAUUUAUUGAUAUUGAUGUGACUAUUUAAUGUAUCACAGUGUACACAAAUAUCAACUUGUUUUAAUCGUAUUCUUUAUCUGCCAACCAAACAUUUAAGAAACGACUUAUAAUAAUAAACUCAAAACUUCUGUAUAUUUUCUCUUUCUGUGAUAAAAAUGAUAAUCUUCAAUGACAAUCUCAUUUCCUGAAAUAAGCCCCGUCCUAAAGUUCCAUGUAUCCUAUACAAUAUACAUUGAACAAGAGUUAAAAGAAAAUAAAGACUCAGAUUGGUACGAAAUUAUAUUGAAUUAGAAUAGAAAAUAAUAAAAAUUAUAUAUUAAUUGGUAAUGUCGUUAAAUAUGAUAAAAGGCGAUGACUGUCAUGAAUCGUGAUAUUGUUAGGAUAUAAGCUACAUACUUCAGAGUGGAAUAUGAAAAUGAAUUUAAACAAUAUAUUUAUACAAUGUUAUAGUAUCAGAAGGAAAGCCAAAAAUAAAUGUCAUUCAACACGAGAUUAAGAUUUUCGACCUGCUUUUGUACCUGAAAAAUUUACAGAAAUAUUUAUUUAUCUAUAACAUUUUAACUCGAUAUUUAUUCAUGUGUGCUUUAAACCUAUUUAAGGUGCUAAAUAUUAUUGUACAAAAAAAAGGGAAAUUUCAUUAAGACUUGGACUUAUAAAAUCAUAUCUUUCACUUUUCAUUUUUUUUAUAUCAAUUUAUUUAACAUUUAUUAUUGACAGAGAAUGAAACGAAAUGAACACAAUUAGAUAAUUAAUUAAAAGUAUUCGAAAGUAAAUGUUGAAACAUAAAAAUCAAAAAAUCAAUACUUAUCAUAUGACGCAAAAUUAAAUUCUCCAUAAAAUUAAAAAUUCACUCAGCGAAAAAAAAUUAAAAUGUUUAAUCUUUCAUUCAGCACUCUCUUAACAAAUAUUUGACUACAAUAAAAAAAGCAAUAAUGAAGACCACCGGUGUUACACAAAUAUUAUUUUUUAGGUUUAAUUUAUUUGUGCUAAAUGCAAAUUAUCGAGCCUUGGUCAAACCGUUCUUGUUGAAAACCUUUAAAAAAUUGACAAUCUUGCUAUAGGUGAUAAAUGAUGAAACUCUUAGAUUGAACUCUAUGACUCUACCUUAGAUGAGGUUCAAUCGAAUAAAAUAAUUAUAAUCUGAUUUUAAUUGUCAAAAUAAUAAAAUGAAAAAUAAUUCAUUGUUCAGUGGUUCAUUAAACGCAUAGACAAAAAAAUCAAGCGUAGGUUAAUUAAUGUGACCAUAUAGAAGGCUAAGUGUCCUUAUAUCCGACAAACAGAAAAUUGGAGUUUUACCCUAAUUUGAGUAUCUUCAAUUUUUUUAUUCGCAAUUACUGUUGAUAGAUACUUCAUGUUUCGGGAACAUCAAUUCUCUAUUUUCUAUAUUUUUAAAGAUAUUUAAAAAUCAAAGUAUAAUAAAGAAGAAUUUAAUCUUUCGAUUCAAUCAAUUAUUUUUGAACUUUAAUUUCUACUCUUCAAUGAAAAUGAAUAAGCUUCAAAAAACUUGUCAUGCUCAACUUUACUGGCCAAAAAACUGUGUUUAAAAAACCCUCAAUUGUUGUAGAAGAUUGAGUUCUAAAAUUAAAAUUUUUAAUUAAAUUGAUUUAUAUGACAUUUUUAUUCUAUUGCAAUUUUCUGAAACUUUUACUGAAUAUUUCUCCAAAAAUAUGUUGAACUUAUGUUAAACUUAAUUUUGAUGCUCUUUUCAUAUAGCCCUGUGAAGAAAUAUACAGUACAACUUUCCAAAAAUGGGGCUCAACAUUUGAUUUUUGGACUAGUUUCACCACCCCAUUAACUAAAAUCCUAAAAUAUUAAAAAUAUAAAUGUACAAUGUAUUGGUGAACAAUAAUAAAAUUAAGCUUGUACAAAAUUUUCAUCGAGUACUAUAAUCUCAGUCAUUAAUUUAAAUUAUUGAAUUCGAAUAAAAUUAUUUAUGCUUAUUUUGCGAUAGCUUAAUAUUUUGUUCGAGUUCAAAAAAUAAGUACUACUACUAUUUUGAUUAAAAACGUAUGUACUAAGGUAGAAUUGAAAUGUGAAAGCAAUGUUAGUUAUUUUUCAUGAAUUUAUUUCGUAUAACAGUAAACAUGAACAUUUGGUGUAUAUGUGUUGUAUUAAGUACGGAAAAAAUAUGUAAACAGAGUACGAACUAUUAUAAGCAAGCGAUCAUGAUAAUGUUUACGCCUACAUAAAUCUUAUUUACGAACAUUGACGAAAGUUAAAAUUAAAUAAACUAGUAAAACCAAUUUUUUGGCGUCUCCGCGUCAUAAAUCUGCAUCUGUAAUAAAAUACUUAUCUGAUUUAUUUAUGUCACUUUCAAAAGAAUACUGAACAUACGGAAGGGUUUUAUAUAUAAUAAUAUCCUCUCGAAAGAUAGUAUCUUAAUUCUUCGAUUGUUUAUGUGUAUCCAUUUUUAAAUUGGAAGUCAAAAUAAACAUUUGAAUAAUAUGAAAAUCUUAUUUAUCUUGAGCGUAGAGUAAUGUUUGGUAUUUGAAAAAACAUUUCCAGAUAGUUCUGCAAAUGUUAAUCGUUAUUCUUGAUAUUACGAUGAAUAUUUUUUAUGCCCAUAUAAAAUAAAUGUACAUUGAAGUAUAUCAAUCAAAAAAUUGUAUAAUAUUAAAAAGACAACGUCAUUCCUUACAUAUGUCAGAAAAGAUAUAUAUGCGUAUAAAUAUAAAUAAAAUUGUAAAAAAACAAAUGAAGGGAAAUAUUUUAAUGUGAAGUUACAAAGGUUAUAAAAGAUUUAUCGAACAUCAUUCCCCUUUACCCGUCCCAAAAAUGAUGCAUAACGCAUAAAAUGAAAAAGUAUAAAAAAAAAGAUAAAAAUGAAAAUAAGUAUAUCUAAACGACCUAAUUUUCGUUUUGCAUUGCCUUAGACAACGGGAUAGAAUGAACGUAUUACAUAUAGCUAUGAAAAUAUGAACACUUUCAAAUUAUAAAUUAGAGCUACGUAAUAUUCUAUUUUGUAAACAUGAAAAAUGACAAAGUCUAAAAUAAAGAAAAUAUUAUUACAAUAAGAAUAAUCGCUGGGCGAUUAACUUACAUCAAGUAACUGUGCUACUCCGAUGUAAUAAAAUAAUAAUGUUAUGUAAUUAACAUACAAGUGAUGUUUUAAAUCAACGAGAAAAAAAGCAUCAGCAAACAUGUGUCCUCGUAAUUAAAAAAGUCACUUGACUCGAUUGUACACUAUUUAGAAUGAAAAACGCAAUGAAUGUACGAUAUCUAAUAAAUGUAUUCUGCACCAAUUA